AUGCAACUUUGCCCGUUGAAAAGCAGAAAUCCUUCAAAUUUUGGCAAAAGACAAAAGAACAUGACCGGAACGAAAGCAGUACUCCAAAAUGUUUCUGGAUUUGCAUUACCGGGUGAAAUUUUGGCCAUCAUGGGCGGCUCUGGUGCCGGAAAAACAACUCUACUCAAUAUUCUCACGAACAAUAAACAAGAAGGAGUCAGGCAAUCUGGCAUGGUUCUUGUGAAUGGUGAUGAAGUGGAUGAAACAACUCUGCGACGAAUAGCCACCUUUGUACAACAAGUGUGUGGACGUAUUUUGUGGCACUUUGACGGUGAAAGAACAAUUGCUUUUUCUCGGCAAGUCUUCCGGAUGGAAAGAGGAUAUACAAGAGCUCAACGGCGUCAACGAGUUGAAGAGGUCAUCACUGAAAUGAAUUUGGUUGAUUGCCAAACAACAUUGAUUGGGAUCCCAAACCGAACCAAGGGAAUUUCUGUUGGUGAAAAGAAGCGUUUAGCGUUUGCAUGUGAGGUGCUCACUGAUCCUUCAAUUCUUUUCUGUGAUGAGCCAACAAGUGGUCUUGACUCGUUCAUGGCACAACAAGUUGUUACUUGUCUUCUUCGCUUGGCCGCUCAAGGGAAAACUAUUGUCACUGCCAUUCAUCAACCGUCAGCUGAAGUCUUUCAAAUGUUUCACAAAGUAUGUUUUAUGGCUAAUGGUCGAUCCGCGUUUCAUGGACGAGCCUCUGGAAAUUUUAUCCUUUUUGGAAGCAAUCAA